AUGACCAGCGAGGAUGAUGAAGAUACCGAGAUGGUUAUGGAGCAAAAGUCUCGAUUUAGUCGUUAUCGAUGUCGAGUUCGAGAGAAAAUAAACAGUGAUUUAAACGAAGCUAUGGCACUAGAUGAUUGUAGUGAUUCAGAAGUUGAUAAUGCUCCUAUUACUCGACACCAAAACAACUCAUCUGUUGAGAAUGAAUCAACGGUACAUAAUAAUGAUUUUAAUGCAAAUGAAAAUCAAUGGAUUAGUCAAGAAUCCAAUCAAUAUACUGAAAAACCUAAGAAAAAUGAAUAUGCAAUAAUAUUACAAGAUAUUGUGAAUGAACUUAAACUUCUAGAAAAUGUUGAUUUCGAUGUACUUUUUCCAUCAGCUGAUCGAAAUCAAAAAAGUGCCUAUAAACAUUUUUAUGCUUUCACUAUUGCAGCUGUAUGUGAUAAACAAUCAACAUUUCAUCCGAAAAUUGCAUUAAUGAUACAGCAAUUCCUCGCUUCGAAGAAGUGUGCUGUUCCAACAUUCAAAACUCAGAAUAAUAAAUGUCGUCUUGAUAUGGCAACACCUGGUCUAUUUCCUCAUAUACUUUCGUAUCUUAAUGCUACUUAUGGUGAAUAA